AUGUCUUUUGCACCUGCUCUGCGCCUUUGUGCGCGCCGGAUUGCCUCCCCGGCUCUGGUCCGCCCUUCUAUUACGUUUGCUGGUGCAAGAAAGCUUCACAGUGGCCCUCCUCGCCAGGAUAAGCCAGGAAAAUACGCCCAAACUGACCCCCAGAUCGAGGUCGAAUACCCAGAAGACCAUGAGCUCCCUAGCAGUGAGCCUGUUGCUGGCACUGGUGGCCAGUACGUGAAGCCCACACUUCCUACAUUUUCCCUUGAUGGUCACGUCGGUAUCGUCACUGGUGGUGCCCGUGGUUUGGGUCUUGUCAUGGGCCAGGGAAUGGUCUUUUCUGGCUCUCACCUUGCUCUUGUUGACAUGAACAAGGAAGAAGCUGAAAAGCAGACAAGUCUUCUUAUUGAAGCCUUCAAGAAGGAGAACCCUCGAGCUCGACGAACACCCAAGGUCACAGCCCACUAUGCCGAUGUUUCUGACCCUGAGUCUGUUGAGGCGUGUGUCGCUGAGGUCGUCAAGGAGCAUGGCAAAAUCGACAACCUGGUCACUUCAGCUGGCUUCACUGAGAACUUCGAAGCCGUGAACUACCCCAUCGACCGUCUUCGAAAGCUUUGGGCUGUCAACGUUGACGGCACUUACCUCUUUGCGACCUCAGUUGCUCGCCACCUGAUGGAGCGGAAGGCCCCAGGAAGCAUUGUCAUGAUCGGUAGCAUGUCCGGUGCCAUUGUAAAUGUCCCUCAGCCCCAGGCUCCCUACAACGCUGCCAAGGCCGGUGUUCGGCACCUUGCCGCAUCUCUCGCCGUUGAAUGGGCUCAUGCCAACAUUCGAGUCAACUGCAUCUCUCCUGGAUACAUGCUUACUGCUCUUUACCACAGCACCCAGAAGAUCCUUGAUGACAACCCGGAUCUCAAAGCGAAGUGGACUUCUCUCAUCCCUCAGGGCAAGAUGGGCCAGCCUCAAGAUCUCAUGGGCCCUGUUGCUUUCCUGCUUUCUGAUGCCUCCUCCUAUGUCACUGGCGCUGAUAUCCGAGUUGACGGCGGUUACACAGUAACUUAG